UUCUGUUACAAUUUACAUUGGAUGUAAUUAAUGCCACUGUCCGGUUGAAAUACGACCUCGAAAGCGUUAAAGGAGAUUAGAAAAGCACUUCCCUGCUCCCCAUUGGAGCCGAAUGUGAUUUGUUGUUGGCGUGGUGACGUAUGGAUAUUCAUAAUCUGGGUUUAGACCUACUGAGUGUGUGUGUGAGAGAGAGAGAGAGAGAGAGAGAGAGAGAGAGAGAGAGAGAGAGAGAGUGUGUGUGAGAGAGGGAGAGAAUCACACAGGCACAGACAGCGACGCAGGAAGAUGGUCCCAGCUUGCUGGCGGCCUCAUGAAUGUGGGGGAUUCCGAGGUCAGUUUGCAACCUCAGCAUGGAAGGGUUGCGAGGUGUGAAUGACACGGCGCAUGCCAACCCCCUGACAAGUGGAGAGUUGUCGUGGUCCAAGCAAUGGGUCCUGGCCGUGGUCUUCAUCGUGAUCAUCCUCAUCAUCGUGCUGGGCAACCUACUGGUGAUCCUGGCCAUCGCCAAGAACCCUCGGCUCCAGACCCUCACCAACGUCUUCAUCACCUCGCUGGCGUGUGCCGACCUGAUCAUGGGCGUGUUCGUGGUGCCACUGGGCGCCACUAUCGUGGUGACCAACAAGUGGCUCUUGGACUCUCCUUUCUGCGAGUUGUGGACCUCUGUGGACGUGUUGUGUGUGACGGCCAGCAUUGAGACUCUCUGCGUUAUUGCCAUCGACAGGUACAUCGCCAUCACUUCUCCCUUGAGGUACAUGAGCCUGUUGACCAAAGCCAGGGCCAGGGCGAUCGUGUGCCUGGUGUGGGCCAUCUCCGCCCUGAUCUCCUUCCUGCCCAUCAUGAACCGCUGGUGGGAGGAUUCGGAUCCACUUGCCCAGGAGUGUUACAGGGAACCCACCUGCUGCGACUUUGUGACCAAUUGGCCUUACGCCAUCCUAUCCUCCACCAUAUCCUUCUACAUCCCGCUGGUCAUCAUGAUCCUCCUGUACUCCAAGGUCUUCAGCGAGGCCAAGAAGCAGAUGAAGAAGAUGGAGAGGAACAAACCGAGGAUAGGAGACGGCCAUCCACAAAACAAGUGCAACAAAAGGAGACCUUCUAAGCUGCUGGCCCUUAAAGACCACAAAGCUCUGAAGACCUUGGGUAUCAUCAUGGGGACCUUUACACUCUGUUGGUUGCCAUUCUUUCUUUUCAACAUAGUGCAAGUGGUAUUCAGGAACCGGAUUCCGAGGACACUCUUUCUCUUCUGUAACUGGCUAGGAUACGUGAACUCCGGCUUUAACCCUUUCAUUUACUGUCGGAGCUCUGACUUCAGAAGAGCCUUCAAGGAGAUCCUGUGUCUCGGCAGGACAGCCGAGGAGCCUGAGCUCCGGGGCGCCAGCCCAUACUGCCCGUGUCCCUUCGGGUGGCCGAAUUCCACCCGGACGCCUGCUGAUGUCCAGGAGCCCCCGGAGAACUCCCACAGCAACCGGUCCAGCACCCGGAGUGACAAGGCGACAUCUCACCAAGUCAACGGGGAUGCCCGAUGCACUUUGGAAUCGGUGCUCUGAUCGGUUGAGAUGAAAUGGUUAGGGGGGAAUGCUGACACCCACCUUCCCGCCCCCUCUGUCCGUAUCACAAUAUCAGACCCGUAGAGAAAGCAGCAGAUCAUGGUAUAUUUAGGUUUUCCACAAUAAGCAAACUCGGGCAAUAUUCUAGAGACUUAGGUCUCCAGUGCCUAAUAGCAAGACUUUCACUGGCGGUUCAGUGGCUUUCACCGUGUUUACACAAUUUGGAAUUACAUAAUCUAUCAUAGACAACAGGAGAGGAGGAAAAGCUCCCAUUUCAAAAAAGUCGCAUUUUCAGACAAUUUAUAUUCUCGGAGAUCUAAGUUAUGAGCAGUUGCCCUUGGAAGACCAGCACAACAUUCCCAGUUCCAUAUAUGACGCGUGAUAUACCUUAUUCUGCACCCAGGGACGCGGUGUGGCGGUACUAAGGGUUCCUGAGAUUCUUUCUCUAGUCAGUCUGAAUUGUCAAUGCGAUUGUAUUCAUAGAAUGUACUGCAGGAGCGAUUUGUUUUGCACAAUUGUAAACAGUAAGAUAAGCACACUUGUCAAAUCUUUCCUCAUUUCUUCGUGUGAAAAUCCUGCUGCCCUGAGAUUAGAGCUACCCUUUAGAUUUUUCAAAAAACCCACCGCCCUUAGCUUUAGCCGUUAGAAAAUAGGUGCAGG